UCAUGUAGAAGAGGCAACUAAGGCCCACUGUGCCUGAGAGGUGUCCAUGUCAGGUGGUUCUAAUGACCAAGAACGGCUUUCACCUUAUGAGGAAAAGUUGUGGAAGCCACCUAUAAAUCUGUUUACCAAGUUUAUGGAGAAACCUGCAAUUGAUAGAAGUCAUUCAGAAGAAUUAUGUUCCCAUUUUACAAGUACACCAGAGGAUGAACAUUUACCACAGGCUGCCAGUGAAAGUCAUCACAGCUGUCUAAAGCAGGACAUCCUAAAUGAAAAGACUGACCUGGAAGCAACAUUUAAGGAAGCGGAGUUGGCAACCUGUUCUGUAGAAUUACUUUUGCCAUUAUUUAAGGAUACCAUUGAAGAGAUUAGUUUUGAAAAUGCUGAUCUUUUUGCAUCCAAUUUGAAGAAGAUCUCUAAACAGAAGGAAAUAUUAACAAAAGAAUUAGACACUUUUAAACGUGUAAAACAAACUUUGGAACAUCUUAGAAAGACAGAAUACCAACAAGUAGGGGACAGUUUAUCCAGCAUGUUAGAGAAACUAACUGAUAAUGAAAGUGAAAAUACUACUCUUAAGAAGAAGGUACUUGAAAAGGAGACCUAUAUUCAAGAACUUUCUUGUUUGUUUCAGAAUGAAAAGGCAAAUGCUUUGAAAGCUAACCGUUUUUCACAAUCAGUAAAAGUGGUACAUGAACGACUACAGCUCCAAAUUAAUAAAAAGGAAGCAGAGAAUGAUAAAUUAAAAGAACACAUAAAGAGCUUGGAAACCAAGAUAACUGAAUGGAACUUACAAAUGAGAAAGAAUAAGCAUGAAGCUGUAGCAAUGAAAGAAUCAAGUAAGCAAAAAACUAUAGCUCUGAAAAAGGCAUCUAAAAUUUACAGACAAAGGCUUAAACACUUCACUGGAGACAUGGAAAACCUUACCUCCCAAAUUAGAGAUCAGGAAGCCAAGCUGUCUGAAACAAUUUCAGCUUCCAAUGCCUGGAAAAGUCAUUAUGAGAAAAUUGUAAUAGAAAAAACUGAAUUGGAAGUUCAGAUUGAAACAAUGCAAAAACAAGUUACAAAUCUUUUGGAAGACCUGAAGGAAGUGGAAAACCUUGGAAAAAAUUCAUGUGAAGAAAUUCUUAGAAAACUUCACUCAAUUGAAUAUGAAAAUGAAACUCUGAAUCUUGAGAAUACAAAAUUAAAGACUACACUUGAGGCUUUGAAGGAUGAGGUGAUUUCUGUUGAAAAUGAACUUUCAGAAUUGCAAGAAGUAGAAAAACAACAGAAAACCCUUACUGAAGUAUAUAAAACUCAGAUACAAAAAUUACAAGAGGCAGCAGAAAUCGUGAAAACCAGAUGUGAAAAUUUGCUACAUGAAAAUAACCUAAUUACAAAAAACAAAAAUAAAAAAUUAGAGAAGAUGAGAGGCCAGAUGGAGUCUCAUCUGCAGGAGUUAGAGCGCGUCCGCGACUCGUUGACGGCGGCGGAACAGAGGCUUCACGAGUGUCAGGAGAGUCUGCAGCACUGCAAGGGGAAAUGUGCAGACCAGGCGCACACCGUUAGGGAGCUGCAGGGUCAGGUUGAUGCAAAUCAUAAUCUUCUGAGAAAUCUUUCUCUGGAAGAGAAAAAUUAUCUUAUUCAGUUGAAGUGUGAAAACCUUAAACAAAAAUUAGAACAGAUGGAUGUGGAAAAUAAAGAGCUUGAAAAGAAGCUGGCAAACCAAGAAGAAUGUCUUAAGCAUAGCAAUCUUAAGUUUAAAGAGAAAUCUGCGGAAUAUACAGCAUUGGCCAGACAGCUGGAAGCUGCUUUAGAAGAAGGAAGACAAAAGGUUUCUGAAGAAAUAGAGAAAAUGUCAUCUAGAGAAAGGGCUUUACAGAUUAAAAUAUUAAAUCUGGAAACUGAGCUUAGAAAGAAAAAUGAAGAACAAAAUCAACUUGUUUGCAAAAUGAACAGUAAAGCACAACACCAGGAAGUAUGUUUGAAGGAAAUACAACAUAGUCUUGAAAAGUCGGAGAAUCAAAAUGAGAGUAUUAAGAAUUAUUUACAGUUUCUUAAAACUUCUUAUGUAACAAUGUUUGGAUAAAUGGUUGGGUUUAUUUUCUAGAAGCAAUAGGAUUUUACUCUAAGUCUAAAACGUGAUUAGGUACAAAAAUAAUAAUAAAUAUACUUUAAUUUAUGGGUGGUAGUAGUAGAGUUUUUAUGUAGUUUUCUUAAAUACAAUUUAUUAUCCAUUUGCAACUUUAAAAUAAGAUACAGAUGUUAGUAUUCCUUUUUGCUGGAUAAUUUUCAUUUAGCUCUCGUUUAAAUACCUAUUCAAAUUAUAUUGAUUUUUAGAAUGGUUUUCACACACACAAAAAAAGCCAGAAUCAUUUUUUGUGACCGUCUGUAGCCAUCAUUUGUAAUAAAU